AUGGACGACCACGACCACCAUCACCCGAAGGGCCGCGGCGGCGGGCAUCGCAAACCCCUGCAGCAUGGCAGCCGUGCGCAUAAGAAGAGAAAUAUGGGACGUAACGAGCACUUCCGCGAGCAAUUAGACAGGCGAGGGCGCAAUGCAGAACAGCAGGCGAAGAAUAAAAAGAAGGAGGACAAGGGCGACAAUGCGGCGUCAAUACUGCCAGCCGCGUUCCCCGCUGAAGAGAUCGAGGCCGAGGAACGUCGACCGAAGCGCAAGGUCGCCGUGAUGAUUGGAUACUCGGGCACCGGCUACAAGGGCAUGCAGAUCGACCACAAGCAGAAGACGAUUGAGGGCGAUCUAUUCAGUGCAUUCGUCCAAGCUGGGGCGAUUUCGAAAGCAAACGCCGACGAUCCGAAGAAGUCCUCGCUCGUGCGAUGCGCGCGGACCGACAAGGGCGUACACGCUGCAGGCAACGUAAUCUCGCUGAAGCUGAUCAUCGAGGACGAAGACAUCGUUGAAAAGAUCAACGGCCAUUUAUCUGAGCAGAUAAGGGUGUGGGGAAUACAGCGAACCACAGGAUCCUUUAGCUGCUACCAGGCCUGCGAUUCGCGGUGGUAUGAGUACCUAAUCCCGACUCACUCGUUCCUCCCGCCGCACCCUUCGAGUUACAUGGGGAAGAAGCUGGAAGAGUACGCGGAAAGGGAGGGCGACCUGGAACAGUACCGCAAGAGACAGGCAGAGGUUGCCAGCUUCUGGCCCAAAGUCGAGGAGAAGUACAUUAAGCCAAUCUUGGAGGCCGUGGACGACUCCAUACGGCCGCUUAUCGAGGAGGCGCUCUAUAACGUCGAAGCGACUGAUGCCCCGGCGGGUGACGCAAUGGUCGACUCCGCCAUCGACAUUUCGGCGAAGAAUUCUGAUGCUGUUCGCGAUGUGGAAGCUUCCGUAGAGACAGCCGGUACCGCAGAUAGAACAGCAGGCGAGAAAAUGGAUAUAGAGGAGGCGGCAGGCCAGCCCACGAACGAGGAAGUGAAGGAUAUAGUCAAUGACAUCGAAAUGCAGGAACCAGGCGUUAGCAUGAACGACGAAACCGAUGGCUCCAUACCACUUCCGGAUUCGGUGGUGCACAAGCCAGCUCUCGAAAUAGCCAUCAAGGCGCUCAAGAAGGCGUAUCUGGAUGCGAAGAAGGCAUACCGCAUCUCCCCGGAGCGGCAAGCCCGAGUACAAGCCGCUCUAGAUCAGUAUGUGGGGACCCGCAAGUUCCACAACUACACAAUCCAAAAGAAAUUUACCGACCGCUCCGCACAACGCUUCAUCAAAUCCUUCAAAGUGGCCGAGAAGCCCAUCAUUAUCAACGAUACAGAAUGGCUGUCGCUCAAGGUCCACGGUCAGAGUUUCAUGAUGCAUCAGAUUCGCAAAAUGGUUGGAAUGGCUGCUCUCACGGUACGCUACGGUAGCAAUCCAGCGAUCAUAAAGGAGUCGUUCGGUAAUGUGACCGUCCGGAUACCGAAGGCGCCGGGUCUUGGCCUGCUACUUGAGCGGCCCGUAUUCGAUUCAUACAACGAAAAACAGGCGAAGCAGCAUGGAAGGGAGGUGAUUGAUUUCUCUAAAUUCGACAAGGAAAUCGCAGAGUUCAAGGAGCGGGAAAUCUACCAGCGCAUCUUCCGCGAGGAAGCGCAGGGUAACCAGUUCAAUACUUUCUUCACGCACCUGGACAACUACAAGGACCCCAUAUUCCUAUAUCUCACAUCGGGCGGCAUUGAAGCUACAAAGAAGCUCAACAACAAGUUGAUGCAAGCGAAAUGGGAGGACUCUGAGGACGAAAACGCUUCUGGGGGUGAGGGUUGA